UUUGAUUUUUCUUCCUCCAUAGUCAUAUUAAAUCAUUAAAUCAAUGAAAAUUCUUUGACUUUGAUUUUUUGGGGUUUUCAAAAAGGAAAAAAUGAGAUUGACAUUGCGAUUUCUUAUUUCAUUCCAGUAAUAUUUUGCACAAAUACCAGCCUUCGUUUCAUUUUCUAACCACCAUAUUUCUGUGUAAAAAAAUGUAAGCAAUGUCUGUGUGACAAGAGAAUUUUCCAAUACAUUCCGUGCAAGAACAACCCAGCCAGAACCCGAUGUUAAAAUAACGUUGACACAACCGUUUUAAGGUGCGAUUUGUGCACUGUUACAUUAAAGAGCAGAAAAAAAACGAAAUCAACAUUGACACUAUGUUACGCAAGCCAGGUUUAUCAACAGUGCAUCAGCGCAUCAUUUUCACGUUGCUGAAACGCGUUGAGAUAGUGUCUCAACGCGUUUUCACUGUGAAUCCGCAGCGCUGAUUUUACUCUUAUUCAACGUGAAUUACAGCUGCUGUGAUGAUUAAAAUCACACUUCAGAACACGUUCCGCCAUUUUAACCACGCAUUCCGUUCCACACAUUUAGUGAAGUUAAUCCACACUCUCAAUUUUUCUAAUCGUUCAAGAUUUAGUUAAAUAAUUACAAAUUAAUUUAAAUUAAGUUAAAUGGGACCUAAGCACCAAGUGAAAAGCCCAUUUGUUGUCGUGCUGUUCCCGAAUGAAAACUCUGUUGAGGCAAUCCCGUCAUCUCUUCUGUUCGAUAACGAAACAAAGUGUAAAUGGCCAAAGAAGGUCACUCCGGCUUUUAGUAAUAAGAAAAAGGACAAAGCAUUAAGGCCUGGCUCGGAUUGGGAUGAUUACGAUUGUCGAGUUUUAGAACGAUUUGGUAGUUUUCAAUGUUAUUUAUUCAAUUGAUUUAAUUAAUAAUAAUUUUGGUAACUUAUUUUAUAUAGCUACAUAUGAGGAGGCCACUGAUGGAUUGAAAUUAGCUGAAGCUACGUCAGAUAUCGAAACUAAAUCAGAUCAGCAACAGCAUAGGACCAGAAAAAGAAUUGCUUCUCGGCCAUCCCCAAAAUCAAAUUCGUCAGCCGGAUCAGAUGAGGAGGAGGAAAUACCGGUCAUUUUGAAUCCUAGUGUUGUGGUCUCAGCCGAAGAUGAUGCCGACUUUAGCCCAGAAAGCAUUGUUGAGCCGGAUGGAAAUUUUCUUGUACCGCCAAGUGUUUCGGUCGCUCCUUCAAUAACCGUGGCUCCAGCUUAUCAAGUCGCGGGGGAUCAUCAACAAUUUCAGCAGUCCUCUCAAACCAUUCUUUUGAAUUUGGAUGGUUCAUUUAAUUUAAAUUCUCAAAAUACGGCCCUUUCACACCCAGCAACAGUUUCUAUCCCUGUGCCAGGGCCAUAUACAACCAGCAGUGGAGACUUAACUUUGGGAUUUCAGCAGGUUGUUAUCAAUCAUCUUGCAGCAAUUGAGAAGGAACAGAAAGAUAUUCGGGGGCUUCUAACAGAGAUUAAAAGGAAUCAAGAGUCAGGAGUGUCGCCAAUUGCUAGGCCUGUGCUGGAUUUCUCUACUCUUCCUCGAUUUCCAUUAAAUAACGAGGGAGAACUUGGCGCCUUUGAGACACGACUUCAACUUGUGGAUGAAUACAAUUUAUUUGUAAUUGCUUAAUAGUUCAAUUUAGUUCAAAUCAAGUGUAAUUUAAUUAAUGGUGGAUCAUUUUAUAUUUCAUCGUUAAUUUAACAGGUAGAAUAUUUGAUUGGAAUUGGAGGAAAUGACCUCAAGGAAACAGUGACAGAAAUCUUAAAACGUGUUUUCAGUAAAGAAGUGAGAAUUCAACUGAGCUACACUGGAAAGGGGCUGAACAAAAUCUCAUACUCUUCGUUUAUCAAAAUUAAUGACGCUUUAAUCGGUGAGUAUAAACCCUACAUGUAAAAAUAUAUAUGCUUUUGAGUUACCCUACUAAUUAGUAACAUUUUUAUUUUGCAGCGGCAACUAGACGAAACAGAAAACUUGUAAAUUCAUUAGGAGGAAUCACAGAAAUUCAGAUCAAGCAAAUCAUUAUGGACAAAAUUCGUUUCAGUCGUAAAUAACUAUUGUGUGGCAUUUUAUAAUAUUGUCUAUGAAGAUUAUAAAUUUAUAGUAGGAAUUAUGUCAGCGAGUAGAAAUAGAAGACGGAUAAUUCAAUCAAAUGUUAUGAAAAUACAACAGGAAAUUCACGAUAAGGUGUUAGCUCAAUCUAAUGUUUCCGAAGAAAUGGAGCAGCCUGCUUUAAUGUUGGAAGAAGAUGAAGUAGGGUCAAACUGUCAGAUAUUUUUACAACCAAAUUCUAAAUUAAAUGAGGUCCCAUUAAUUUUAAAUUCUAAUCUAGUUGAGGGUGACGAAUUAGAAGUUGACUUAAAAGACAGGUUAGCUAAUUGGGCAGUACAGCAUAAUAUUACGUCAACUGCCAUUGAUGAUCUUUUGGGCAUUUUAUCUGCACAUGUGACAGGUUCUAAUUUACCAAAAUGUGCUAAGGGUUUAGUGGGGACUCCAAAAAAUUAUGAAAUUAGCGAGAUUCAGGGUGGUUCAUAUCAUCAUUUUGGGCUGAAACAAAAAUUGUUAUUCUUAUCUAAGGUGUUUACAAUACCAAGGGAUGGAGUGCUUUGGAUAAUCCUAGGAAUUGAUGGAUUACCAAUUAGUAAAUCUAGCAAAAAACAAUUUUGGCCAAUUCUAGGGCGAUGUAUCAACGUAGCGAAUAAUGUCCCAUUUUUAAUUGGUUUAUAUUACAGCGAUAAUAGCAAACCUGUGGAUGUCAGCGAGUUUCUCCAACCAUUUGUAACAGAAUUUAAGAAACUGUCACAGGAAGGAAUAAGAAUUAAUGGUAUUCUUUAUCAAGUUAGACUACAGUGCAUAGUUGCAGAUGCCCCGGCAAGAAAUCUUAUUAAGCAAACUUCAGCAUUUAAUGGUUAUAAUGGUUGUGACCGUUGCAUUGAUAAAGGCGUAUGGUUAGGUCGCGUGGUAUUUAAAAAUUUACAAGCGGAUUUAAGGUCAGAUAUUGGAUUUGUUGGGCAGGAGGACGCCAAUCAUCAUGUAGGUAUUUCCCCAUUAAUUGGGCUAGGCGUUGGCAUGGUUUCUGGGGUUGUUCUUGAUUACAUGCACCUUAUUUGUUUGGGAGUUGUUAAAAAGCUAUUGAAAUGCUGGAAAAGAGGACCCAUGCACAAGGAAGGGAAGUAUACAAUAUAUGAAAUUUCAGAUAGACUGAUUCAACUUAGAAAAUUUGUUUGCUCGGAGUUUAAUAGGAAGCCAAGGCCACUCUCGGAGUUGGAGUUUUGGAAGGCGACAGAGCUCCGAAAUUUCUUGUUGUAUUUUGGCCCAUUUGCUUUAAAGGGUUUACUUAGUUCUGAAAAAUAUGAGCAUUUUAUGGCUUUAAGUAUUGCAACAAGAAUUUUGCUUUCAAAUAAUCGUAAUUGGUAUAAUUACGCCCGACAUUUAAUGUUUGAGUUUACAAAAAAUAUUGGUAAGCUAUAUCAUGAUCAAUUUUUGGUUUACAAUGUUCAUUCGUUAAUUCAUUUAACGGACGAUGCUGAUAAGUUUGGGUCGUUGGAAAAGGUCAACGCUUUUGCUUUUGAAAAUAGUAUGCAGUCUUUGAAGAAAAUGUUGAGGGGUAAGAGUCGUCAUCUUCCACAAGUUAUUAGGCGGGUGAUAGAGUUAGAAAAGUCUAAUGUUUCAAACACAACGUUUAGGAUCGAAAACAAUCUCCAUAUAUCAAAAAAAAUUAACGAUCGUGGUUGUAUUCUAAAAACUGGUUGUGUUGUGAUUGUUGUUAAGAAAAGUGAAAAUGAUUUUGUUGUGAGAAAGUUUAAAGGACAAUCAGAGUAUUUUACUAAGCCUUGUAAGGGUUCCAAAUUUAUGAUUCAAAAGGUAUUUAAUUUAGCUUUCCGUUCAACAACUAUAACUCAAUCUGAAAUAAGAUGUAAAGUUAUGUUAUUUCCUAUUAGUGCAGAUAACUCUUUUUUCUGUGUCCCGUUAUGCGAAGAGUAAAAGAAGUUUUAAUAUUUAAUGUCUUAGUAUAAUAAGUUAGAUAUAAUAGAUAUUUAAUAUUUAAUGGAUAGUUUUAAUUUUGUUCAUGAAAAUAAUAUUGUUAUUCAUUUUGUUUUUGGGUACGAUAUGAAUAAAUAAAUUCAUGAGAAAAAUAACAUUUUUGUACAUGAUUUUAACGUGCAACCACCCUGUACUGAGCACCGUGCAAGCAUAAACAUUGUGACAACGAUAAGCCAAUGUUACACUUUGUUGCAAUGCACGGCCAAGUCAAGUUUCACCAAUGUUGAUAACAUGCUGUAGCCACGACCGGGCACAGUGCUCACACCAUUAUGCUCCGCCCUCUUUGUAACAUUAAACUAACACGCUUUAGGCGGACAUCAUACGUAGUGCAUCAACACUGUUGAUCUAACGUUAUUGUAACGUUCGGGUUCUGGUUGGGAAGUCUGCUUUUAUCUCGGGAUUUGUCCUACCAGAUUCCAUCUCUUUUAUUUUCUUGUUCUAAAUGUAUGCCCGUCUUAUUUCUGCCGCACACAUGGAAGGAAGGGUGGCGAUGCUUAGGAUAUAUGCUUCAUUUUUAAGGAUUAGCUUAGAAGCAGACUUGCUUUGAAUAUUUUUUGGACUCGCUGUCAAUCUGGCUCAGACAGAUUUUGUAAUGACGUUGUGAUCAGACGAUGAUAAUAUCCGUAGAACCCGCACUAGAACCCGAGUUUCAAUACUCCAUAUGCAUCCAAAUCUGAAAAUUUAAUGUCAUGACAUGCAUACAUAAUCUGAAAGACACGACAGACUUCAAUUUUUAAAUUUGCACUUCACUUUCUCCACAUGUUGCCUUGAAUGUAGAGGCUAAGAGUUUUUAAAUAAGUAUUUUGGAGCUGGUUGAUGAUGUAUGUAUUUUGAAAUAGAAUUAUUUUCCAGUCAUAAGCAAAAAAUGACUUAUUGUUUGUCCGUUUUUUUGUC